CAGAUGAAUUUUACUUUCUGUCGAAUUGGUUGCUAGAGAUUUGACAGAGAAAAUUAUGAUUUGAGGAAUUGGAUGCCAAUGUGAGAAGAAUUUAAAGUAGAAAUUCGAAUUAAAAAGUUUUUACAAUGAGUUUAGAUGAUUUGUUUUACUUAAAUACCAAUGAUGACAACAUUGACACAAUUCCUCAUAUAGGAAGGUACAAAGUAGCUUUCCAUACUGAUGUUAACCAAUCACUUAUCAACACGUCGUCCCCAGUAUUACCAGAUGAGUGCGACAUUGCGAAACUUGGAUCAUUAGAAAAUGUUGCCUACUUUUGCUUCAUGUUGCUAAUCUUACUGGCUAGCAUUAUUGGAAAUUCAUUGGUUGUCAUGGCAUCUGUAUUGUCGAAGCAAUUACGUCAUCGUGUGACGGUGUAUUUUAUAAUUAGCUUAGCAAUUUCUGAUCUGGCAUUCGCAGUUUCACUUAUUCCAUUCAAUAUUUCGAUGAAAACAUAUUCAAGAUUUUGUCACAAUCGCGCUUCAUGUCAUUGGAUGAUAGCUAGUGAUGCAUUUUGUAACGUAGCCAGCAUCUUGAAUUUGUUUUUAAUCGCCAUUGACAGAUUUGUUGCUAUCACCAUGCCUUUCCGCUAUUCGUACGUUCUAACUGUAAAUCGAGCAAAGAAACUGAUAGCUGCUGUUUGGAUCUUCUCAGCUAUUUGGAGUUUCGUUGGAUUUUUUAAAUGGAAUAAUGAUGAAUCGAACACAAACACAGAUAGUGUGCUCAGUGUACAACUCACAAGCUUCUGCUUAAACAAAAAUUAUUAUUAUUAUGCAGCUUCCUAUUUUGGUAUUUAUCUGCUACCAUUAUUAAUUAUGAGUGUGACGUAUUUAAUUAUUCUGCAAGUUGCUUUGAUACAAAUACAGGCAAUCGAGUCAACACAUGUCGAGUUACAAAGUAGCACAUCCACAAUAGACGUGUGUACCACUGAAGAAUUACGUCAUCGCCAAAUGACCAAUGAUAUUGAAAGACAUAAAAAGGCGCAACAAAGAAAGCGAAGGAAGGAACUUCAUGCAACAAAAUCCGUGGCGAUUGUCUACUUUGCUUUUCUCCUAUGUUGGUUUCCAAAUUGUGUUAUAAAUUUAAUAAUCAUGUUCAACAGCUCGUACUUUCCAGAACUGAAGAAAACAAAUCAGACAUUGUUUUUGUUUAUUUAUUAUUGUUUUAUUCAAAUCUUACCUAUGGUGAACACAAUGAUAAAUCCAGUUAUAUACAGUUUUUCAAACAAGCAAUUCCGAACCGGCUUUCGAUCUGUAUAUAGAAGAUUCCUCACAAAGUUGGAAUCCCCAGAAAGCUCUUACGAAUCAAGUAGGCGAGACACGCGUGGUUUAAGUCUUGCUCAUCCAAUGUCACCAACGUCACUGAGUAGUAGUUCACAAAGUUCGCAGUCGUUAAAUAGCAGUCGAUUCCGUUUUAAGUGGUCACCUAUGUUCAGCAGAAAGAUUUCUGAUCAAAACAAUGCAAGCGGCGCUUUCCAUAAUGACAGUGUGGAGAUCGAAAGUAACUCGAAACGUAACAGCACAAUACUGUGGAAAUCAAGUUAAAUAUUUAUUUAUAAUUAAUUUAUUUUUUAUUACAUUAUAAUUAGAAAAAUGCUUUUAAAGAAACUUGAA